AUGUCUGCGGAAGCCUUGCGGGUAGACUUAGAUAUGCACCCCCUCAGCGGCGGCGAAGACAGUGCUCAAAACACUCCGAAGGGGAGCCCCGCUACCCCAAAACACCACCUCCGCAUGAGGCCGAACACUGCCGAAAUAGACAGCACUAUCACGCAUCCAGGUUCAGUCAAGAUCAAUGUUCAAGGCGCCUUCAUCGUUGACCAGGAUCCCGAGUCUCCAAAUAGCAAGGCCGUGAAUGGGGGGAGCCAUGAUACUAGAGAUAUCCGGUUGCCUAACCACACUGCCGUCGUCAGUCAUAUUGCUGUGGAUAUUGGAGGAUCCCUAGCUAAGCUUGUUUACUUCUCUCGAGAACCCCAUUCCCGCGAACCCGGCGGACGCUUGAACUUCAUAAACUUCGAAACGGACUGUAUAGACGACUGUGUGGAGUUCAUGAGGCAGUUGAAGAUCAAGCAGCAAAAGCUCAAUGGAUCAAACCCGGGAGAAUUGUGUAUCAUGGCUACUGGUGGGGGGCCUACAAGUUUUAUGACAAGAUUCGAGAGUAUCCAUGUAAGAGAACAGACUGAUAUUGUGCAUGAUGCAGGCCUCGAUUUCUUUAUCACGGAGAUACCCCGAGAAGUGUUCACAUAUAGUGAAACCGACCCAAUGCAAUUCACAGAACCUCAUUCUGACAUAUACCCCUAUCUACUGGUGAAUAUCGGCUCCGGCGUGAGCAUGAUCAAGGUCUCCGGACCUCGAGAAUACCAGCGAGUUGGCGGGACCUCUCUUGGUGGUGGGACUCUCUGGGGUCUCCUUUCUCUCCUUACCGGCUCUCGAACCUUUGAUGAAAUGCUUGGUAUGGCAGAGCGGGGCGACAACGCAAAAGUAGAUAUGUUGGUUGGUGAUAUAUACGGGGCCGAUUAUGGGAAGAUCGGGUUAAAAAGCAGUACGAUUGCAAGCUCCUUCGGAAAAGUAUUCCGCAUGAAGAGAGAAGCAGAGCGUGAGGCAGAAGAUAGCGGUAGGCUCGCAAACGGUAAUGAUCAUUCUAGUCCGCCAUCGCCUGACGACAUCCCGUCCUCUUCAGCUCCUGAUCCGCCUUUCUCUUCAUCAGAUGUAUCACGUUCGCUUUUAUACGCAAUCUCCAACAACAUAGGUCAAAUUGCCUACUUGCAAUCCGAGAAACAUUCUCUCUCUACUAUUUAUUUUGGAGGUAGUUUUAUUAGAGGCCAUAGACAGACGAUGAAUACUCUCAGUUAUGCGAUCAAAUUCUGGAGUAAUGGGGAGAAAAAAGCAUAUUUCCUGAGGCACGAGGGUUAUCUUGGUGCCGUUGGUGCUUUCUUGAAAAGACAACCCAGGGAUUGGGGACGGAGGAACAGCCUUCACGAAGGAACUGGCUUAGGGACUGAGACAAGGGCUUGA